GGCGGCGCGCAUGCGCAGAGGCUUUACUACGGGCAGACAGAGUGAGACGGUGAGGACGGAGAGCGGCGUGCGCGGGCAGUGGCGCAUUGUUUUAUGACUAACGUGUGGAGCGAGUUCAGUUCUCCGGUUUUCCCGCUUGAUUCGCUUCUGUCGCCGUGUGUCCCCGGUAGCCGAGAUGUUUGGCUUUCAUAAGCCGAAGAUGUACCGCAGUCUGGACGGCUGCUGUAUCUGCAGGGCAAAGUCUUCCAGCUCGCGCUUCACGGACAGCAAACGCUACGAGAGAGACUUCCAGAGCUGCUUCGGACUUGGCGAAACACGUUCUGGUGAAAUUUGCAAUGCUUGUGUGCUACUGGUGAAACGCUGGAAGAAGCUUCCUGUUGGAUCCAAAAAGAACUGGAAUCAUGUGGUUGACGCACGAGGUGGACCCAGUCUAAAGAUGACGGUGAAGUCUAAAAUGAAGUCUCUCUCCAGGAGGAUCAGGCCAAAUCAAAUCUGCCGAGUGCAGAACGAACUGAAAAGGAACAACUCUGACGCUCAUAGCACCACCUCCAGCGCCAGCCCGGCCCAAUCUCCCAGCUACAGUAACCAAUCAGACGAGGGCUCUGACUCUGAGCUCACUCCUGGCUCCUCUCGAUCCCCAGUCUUUUCCUUCCUAGACCUGACCUACUGGAAAAGGCAGCGAGUGUGCUGCGGCAUCAUCUACAAAGGUCGCUUCGGAGAAGUGCUGAUUGACCCUCAUCUCUACAAGCCCUGCUGUCAGAAGAAACAGGAUCGGGAGCAGGAGGAGGAGGAGGAGGAGCAGGAGGAAGAGGAGGUGGAUCUAGUGAAAGAGGAAGGACCGGCUGAUCAGAGCCUGCUGGCCUCUCCGCUCCCCCAGCCACUCUCUCCCGCUCUGCCGGUCAAAAGGGAGGUCGAGGAGGAGGAGUGGUAAGGACCCUUUCACGGAGAACUGAUUCGGCAUUCUAAGGAAGCCUUUGAGGGUUUGGGGGCUGACGUCGUCCUCCGGCACUCUUAAAGAACUCCUCUCAGAUUGCCUUCAAUUCAAGAGCAGCUGGAACCUUGUCUGAGUUUUUGUUUUAGUUUAUUUUGGUGAUGUGGGUGGGGUGGGGUGGAAUUCUGUUGAUGUGAGUCUGCUGAU